AUGUUCUGCCUUUCAGCUCUCAGUCUCGCGUAUCCUGCUCUAUCCUCCGUGCUCGCCGCAUAUGCCGCCAACCAGACCCCUCUCGGCCCAAAUGGCCUCCACCUGAAGCGCUUGCCUUUCUCCCACCUCGCCGAUGGACGAGAGAGCAUUGACCAAGUCCUUCGGGCUGUUGAGCUCGCCGGGGAAAAAGUGUGGAACGUCGGCCCCUCGCACAUCGACGUUCUCCUCGACGCCGCAUCGCACCAUUUCUCCCUCGCCCCCUUCCUCGCACCCCAUGUCGCCAACGCGGGCACCGUUCCUCUCACAUCCGUCGACGACCUCCCCAUUCCAGAUUCAGACGGGCACGCAGAAUGGCCAGAGCCAACAUGGUCCUCGCCCGCGAACGCGACCUUCCACGCCGUCUACCAUCCCCUCGCGGAGAUCGCGGACUUCAUGAGCGACCUCGCCGUCGCGCGUCCCGACCUCGUCACCCUCGUCAACCUUGGGCACUCAGGAGAAGGCCGCGAAAUGUAUGCGAUCCAGAUAUCGAGCACACCCGCGGGGGCGAGGGGCGCAAUGGGGGCGCGGAAGGCGGGCUUCGUGAUCUCGGGCGCCCAGCAUGCACGCGAGUGGAUCGCGACUUCAACUGCGCUCUACCUCGCACACUCCUUGGUGUCGGACCCCACAGAGGAGUUCUCGCUAUCGCCAUGGCUCGAGUUUUUCAUGAAUACAACCACCGUCGUCUGUGAACUUAAGGACUUCUAUGUCAUCCCCGUCCCCAACCCAGACGGCUAUGUGUACACUUGGGAAUACGACCGCCUCUGGUAUAAGAACCGCCAGAACAUUGGCCCUGCCGAGCGGUGCACCGGCAUCGACAUGAACAGGAACUGGGGCCACAAGUGGAAGGCGAAGUCGCGGCUGCCGUCGGCACGCGUGCUCGCAAACUCAACUGCGGAAGGCGUAGACGAUGACGAGGACGAAGAUGAGGCGACCUGGGAGGAGGCGAAGAGGAAACCCGGUCGCGGUCGGGAUGCGGACCCGUGCUCGACGUGGUUCCCUGGGCAUAGACCGUUCGAGGCCCCGGAGGUGAACAACAUCGCGAACUACAUUACGACGCUGCCGGCGCUCAAGGCGUUCGUCGACCUGCGCAGCUAUGGGCAAAUGGUCUCGACGCCGUUCUCGUGGUCGUGCAAGAAGUCCCCGAAGGACGCGGAGGACCAGAUGGAGGCCGCGCUGGGCGCGACGAACGCGAUCAAGCAGGUGCACGGCACCGUCUUCACGACCGGCAGCCUGUGCGAGCAGGUGUACCGCGCGUCGGGCAACGUCGUCGACUACAUGUACGCCAAGGCCGGCAUCAAGUUCGCCUACGCCGUCCACCUCCGCGACACCGGCACGUACGGCUUCUCUCUCCCCGCGGAGUGGAUCAAGCCCGUGGGCGAGGAGACCGCGAACAUGGUCCGCUUCCUCGCAGGCUUCAUCUCGAGGGGAAAACUGCACGAGUGA